UCUCUUGCUCGUGGUCGCCAUUUCUAAGCGGAAAAAUGUCUGCCGACUUGCAGUGGAUGAUUGUAAGGAACCACUCCUGUUUCUUGUUGAAAAAUCAGGGAGCCACAUUUUCAAAGGAACCACUAAACCUUACUGGAAGGAAUGCAUUCAAACAUUGUGGGUUGGUGAACAAAAAGUCCAUUGGAGUUACUCCUGAACCCUCUGGCAAAGGUGUUGUCCUCACCAUUAAGAAGAAGAAGUAUGCCAACAAGCCCUCUAAGGUUACUUCCAAGGUGACUUUGGCUCGUGACUCUCGUCGCACUAUCAAGACCAUUAAGAACCUGUGUGGCAAGAACUAUUACCGACAGGAUCUGGAGGAUGCAGCUGUCAGGAGGGCAUGUGCCAUCCUCCGCAGCCAAAGGACCGGCACUGGUGUGCAGAAGAAUCGUACUCGCAGAAAGCGCAACUGAAUGUGCACACUGAUAUCUGCUCUCUGAUAAUAAAUUUGAGAAUAAGCUA